AUGGAGUUUGUACAAGUUUUAUUGUUUUUUUGCGCAGUCAGUACUAGCUGGCAACAAACACCCAAGGUCAGUUGGAAACCAAUUUGAAAGAAGUCUUGUUUUUCCAGCCCAUAGUCGCUAGACUGUCUCAUGGACGAGCCGACGGUUGUAUCAACACCAACUACGAGUCGAGCAACCCCCUGGGGCCUAUAGUCGAGUGCAGCACACUUCCCGAAGAAUUCGUCGACUGCGACGAUCCCCAGCUCGUGCAGCAGUUCAGCGCCGCCGUCAACAUUUCCAUCAGCGUGAGUGUCUCUCCAGGGCCGAGCACGGAACCUCUUCAGGAGGAGGGAAAAUGCAAGAAGUUUGGCGGGCAGCGAGCCGAAGACGUCGAGUGGACGACUGUCAACUGUCGCGCGCUUCCAUGCAUCGAGUGCAGCGGCGAGCGCGUGUUUCAGCGUCCAGCUCCAUGUCUCAAGUGCGUCAUUCACAGUUUUGAAGCUUUUGAGCUCAUGGAACCUUGUAGAUACACGGGUCACUAUUUCCUCUCCACCGUCCUCUACUCGGUGUUUCUUGGCGUUGUCGCCGUCGAUCGCUUUUGUUUGGGCUAUUCGGCCAUCGCCGUCGGCAAAUUGAUGACUCUCGGUGGAUUGGGGAUCUGGUGGAUCGUGGACAUUUGUCUGCUUGUCACGGGAAAUUUGAUGCCUGCCGAUGAGUCUAACUGGGAGCCAACCUAUUAA